AUGGCAGUCAACAAGUUCUGCCUCGAUGCUUCAGAUUUCGUGCUCGUCGAAGCCACCCACACUCGCUUGCGUGCCGUUCUCCUCGAGCUCGAGCACAUCGCAAAGCUAGUCGACGAUCGUACAAAGGCCAAGCCUGCCAAGCAGGCUAGAUCACGCUACAACCUCUCUAAAGAGCAGCCCAACUUUUCACGCCCGUUUGGACGACGGGCUGCCGACGAAGGACAGCUUGACACUCGCUCACAAUCUGUGUCAAGACUGCCCGUCCGACAGACUAUGCGAAACUUUGACGACGAAUUUGAGCAGUUUGAUCAGGAAGCCAAGCAGAGGGAGCGCCGUGACGCCGAACUAGCCAAACAGCACGCACUCGAGGCCAUCGUUGGCCGUACCUGGCGUACCGACGACUCAGACCACCCAGACCUUCGGCACGCCAAGUCGAAAGCAAGCUUUCGAGCGGCCGAACCGCCUUCAGGCAUCCAUACAUUCGACGACGAAGCAGACGAUUCUACAGCGGUUGACACACCCAUCCAUCAACUCAAAUCGCUCGAGAAGCAGAUCAGCAGGGAGGAGUCGAGUGCGAGCAGUCAUCAGAGUCACGCAAGCCCGGGCAGCCAAGAAGCUUGGUCUGCAUCGCCGCGAGUUGGAGAACAACCUCGAACGCGCGGGCUAAGCACAUCGUCGAGCGGCAAGGCGAGGAUCAGACGUCGCGCUGUAGACGCCUACCUCUCAGCGCCGGUCUCAUCUACACAGGCAGUCACUCAGCCGUUUCCUUCUCAUCGCAGCGUAGCCUCGUCUGACGGCAGUGCAAGUGAGACCGAGGCAGGUUCACUCGAUCUCACCGAUCGCGCGGCUCGACAGCAACCGCUCGCAACUGCAUCUACCAAUAGAUCAUCAUCGAAGCCGGCUAGCCCUCAGAAAGCGACCUCCCUUGUCAAGCACAACUUUUCGAGGCCAACCGGUCGAGGCUCCUCUUAUCGCAAUCUCGCCGGUAUAACUUCCAACAGAGAUCGCGACGAUAGUUCGGCCAGCCUUGCCUCGAUCGCGUCUGCACCCACAAAAUCCUUGUCAGGCUUAGAUCGGCUCUCGCGUCCGGUCCGUCACUCUUCGCUGACUGCAGAAACGCUUGCUUCCUGGAACAAGCACCAACAAGAGCAACAAGGCCCUGCUUCUCACGAUCUCUUCUCUGCCUUCGCCGACACGAUGAGCGGCCAGGCAACUCCACGAGCCACGGGCACAGAAGAGGAUAUAGCGGCUUCCGUCGUCUCAACGCAAGCUUCGACGCAAGCGCCUAGCUCACGUUCGCCACUGGCAAGAUUUGGUCCUCCGCGCUCUAUCAGCACAGGCAGCUUCCGGAAGCGCAAGCAGUCAGAAGCCAAUUUGCCAAUCAAAUCUCCUGCAGUCAUAUCUGUUUCGACGACGCAAGCUGCAGGUUCAUCUAUACCAGGAUCAGGCUCGAGCAUGAACUUGCGCGACUCGCUCAAAGGUGUGGCGCCGGGUCAACUUAGCCCUUCUAGAGGCGCGCUAAGGUCUGGAACACCGCAACCCGAGCCAACGCAAGAAGGGCAGCAGGGCAGUGCUGAUCUCGAACAACCACCUGCUUCAGCUUUGAGUGCGCCAGAGCCACAUCCACUGCCCGCACAACCAUCAAGUACCGUCGUUGCGCCUGCACCGUCGAAUGAAGACCUGAGGACGGUGCGCCAACGAGCGAUCAGCCAGCCCACGCGCGUUAUCGCUAAGAAACCUCGCAAGACGGAGCCCGUCCAAUCGGUAGCUCGACUAUCAGAGACCCGACAGCGAGCAAAGUCAUUCACAUCCGCAUCUGCCGAUCACAGCACAAUGUCGGAUAGCGAGUGGGUCCCACAAGCGCCGACGAUCUACAAAAGCGACAUCAUGCCAGAGGCAGGCUCAUUGGCUGGCAUUGCGCUAGCUGCGCAAAAGAAGGAUUCACCUCCUCAGGAGAAGCAUACCUGGGAUGAUGUCGUGAUUCCCACCGUCGCCAAGCGGCUUCAGGCCAGUCAAUCCCAGAAUGCCAAUCUCGCGGACCACUUUGUGCCGCCACUAGAAGAGUCUACACCUGUCGAGCUGGACCAGGCGAGCAAGAUCAAGGGCACGCCCGAGUCAGAGCCACUACCGGCAGCUGUUCCGACGACAUCGCCUUCCGCGAUGGAAGCAAAAGCAAGCAAUAGGUUGUCUGCUCUCGUUGCGUCAGAUCCGGCUCGGCCUGCUGUCGACUCGUCGACUGCGGCAGAGGCCGUCAAGCCACAACCCGUUCCAAUCUAUCCUCGCCGUAACGUCAUGCCGCCGGCACAGCCGAGCUUCGCUGAAGUGCCCAAGGCAGAGAAGACAUCAACGACAGCAGCAGCAACUAAGCCAGCAGCAGCAGCAGCAGAUGACAGUCACGGCAAAGGGUGUUGCAGCAGUGCAAAGUGCAACAUCAUGUAA